CAAAAUAUCCAAGAUUUCGACCAGGAGAGCUUAUUUCCGCCGCCUACAGCAUCGAGAUUCAACUCCCAGCGCCUCUCUUCUGCGUUCUCGUUACUCUUUCUCUUCCCUUUCCUUUUUUCCUUCGUCUUUAACCUUUGCUCCAAUCACACGCUAGGUUUCCCCUGCACUGAUCACUCGAGAUGUUCGACGAAUUGCCCCUAAGGCGGCAUACACCUCGCCGACUCCGUCUCUCUUUCCAUACUGAUCUUUCCAUGGUCCUCUCUUGCUCUGCUCUCCAAUUGUAUGUCUGCACUGAAUUCCUUCCAUUGCCAUAAUAAGCGAAGCAAACGACGUGAGAAAGAUUCGAUCUUGCCGUUAUGGAUCAUCAGUUAGCCUCUCAAAUCUCCCCACGGGCGGCUAUAUCUCGCGUCUUUCCGGACCUCUCCGACAUCAGCGCCGUUCCUCCCAUGAACGCAUUGGAGAUAUUGAGGGAGACUGCCCGGAUCCUCCGCACAGAUCUCUCUACUUUCAUGACCAUCUUGGCCCUUCUAAUUUGCCCCGUCUCCUCAGCUUUGCUCUCCAAUUUCCUCAUCGACCAGGCUAUCGUUACUGUCCUUGGACGCCGCCUGAUGCUUCUUGCGGUCACCAGUGGAUUGCCAUCCACACAUUUCGUCAAACAGAUCUGCCACCAUCUUGCAGGCACCAUUGUCUCUUCUACCUUCUGCUUCCCUUUCUUGAUUACUUUCCUUCUUUUAGCCCGGGCCUGCAUUGCUUAUUCCGUGGCCUGCAACUAUGCAGGAAAGAAAGUUUUAGCCACAGAGUUUAUGGGAAUGGCUCGUCGGAUUUGGAGGAGUCUUGUAUCAACCUACAUUUGGGUUUGUGCUGCAAUUGUUGGUUGCCUUGCCGUCUUCAUCCUACUCAUAGUUGUUGUCUGCAAUUCACUUGCUGCAUUGGGUUAUCCUCCAGAGCUCAUUGUGUAUCCAGCAUUGCUGACAAUCUUAGCAUUUUCCGUUGCUUAUGCACAUACAAUUAUAGUAUGCAAUCUAGCUAAUGUGAUCUCUGUAUUGGAGGAUGGAUCAGGACCGAAUGCUCUUUUGCGGUCAGUGAGGUUGGUGAAGGGGCAGACACAGGCAGGUCUGCUGAUAUUUCUUGGGUCGGCCAUUGGUUUUUCUUUUGUUGAAGGGCUGUUUGAGCACAGGGUGAAAACAUUGAGCUAUGGUGAUGGUUCUUCUCGUAUAUGGGAAUGGCCUCUGUUGGUCCUCAUGUAUUCUUUUGUUGUUCUGGUUGAUUCUAUGAUGAGUGCCGUUUUCUAUUUUACAUGUAGGUCUUCUGCCAUGGAAGCUUUGAGUGGGAAUGUCCUUGCUGUUCAAGAAUUGGAAAAGCUUUCAUCUUGAUAAGAUUCAGCCAGUGUAGGAUAGAUUUUUGGCUCAGUUUUGGAUAGUGAUACUAUUUACUAUCUCUUCAUUGUCGUUAAUAAUUACAGAACGACGGUGCCAUGAUUUUCAGUCACAGAAUUUAAACUAAGCCAUCUCUUCACACAGAAUUAUGGUUGAUGGAUUUCCUUGCCGUUGCAGCAUGAAAACUGAAUGUUCUAUUGCUGAUAAGUGUAUUCAGUCAAAGCAGAUUAUCAGAACGGACUCCCACAUAUUAUUUGCACAUAUGUAUGUUCAUUUCUAAACAAGCCAACCAUUCUGGUGAUCUCUUUGCUGAAUAUCUUUUCUGUCGCUGUAGGAUGGAUCAUUUUGUAUAAGAGAUUGUUGACUGCAACAUCACGAUUGGAAAUUUGGAUUGCUAGAUUUUCUUUCAGUUUUAA